GCGCGCUAACCAACACCGUCAGCUGUCAGCUGUCAAUCGUUCGACUCGUAUGGUCACACUGGUCUCGAGUCACAAAAUUAUAAAAACACAAAAUAGUUGUUUUUAUUGCGGAUUGCCAGAACUAUAAGACAAAAUGUCGCUGACUCCCUUUCUACGCCUGCCACUAACGGAUCUGACUGGUUGCCUGAUUAACCACCAGACCUACGACAAAUGCGGCAAGUUCGAGAUGAAGAUGAUGGAGUGCUUCGAGGCGUACGGCCUGGAGCGUGGAAAGCGGGAGUGCGCUGACCUGAUCUCCGACUUCCAGGAGUGCGUGGGCAUGCAGAAGCAGCUAAUGCGUUUCCAUGCCAUGAGAAACGAGCGCUACAAGCAGUGGCUGAAGGGAGAGCGCAAGGGCCAGGAAUUCUUUGCGGAUCCUCCGCGCGUUGAUGCCUAUUAAACGAAGAACCUAAUUCUUGGGUAAUUCCAUAUUGAAUAGCCGCAAAUUGUAAAAAUAAA